AUGUCGGAGAAGGAGGACUUUUCGUUUUCCAGGCAGCAAGAUACGGCUACGUCGAGACCUCUGGCCGAAACCUCUUCUCCGUUCUCUUUCCAGAGAUUCUCCCAGUGGCCGUCGUCCACCUACGACCCUUUCGCCGGGGAAUCUGGCGGCCGCAUAUCACCUGAGCGGUCGGAGAGGCUGCGGCAGAGGCUUCCACCGGAGAUUCAUAGCGCAACUCGUAUACCUACAGCGACUGCUGUGGGUGAUCCUUUCCGACCACUCUCGUUUAUAUCACAAUCGUCCACUUUUGCCUCUGAUCCCGGCUCGUAUCCGCAGCACGGUCUUCCUCCCAGGUCGAAUCCCGAUGACCAGAACAUCGCGCUUCGAAGACAAAGCCAGGACAGUUUUAUUCUUCAGACAGGGUCUCCCACAAGUCAAGGCUACGCAGAGUACGAUCUGGAGACGCAGAACCGACGGGCUUCCGAACUGGGCAGGACUGCUACCCGCUACCACACGCGGCGACGACCUUUCAACCAGGACGAGUUCGACGGGCCGUCUCAACUUCUUCCGCUCCCUGUGCCGCAACAGGAGCACGCACGGUCCCAGGCACUACCCUCCCUCCCGGUCCACCUGGACAUUGAGGAGCAAGACGAAAUCACAACACGGGUCAACGAUAUCUUGUCCCGGUGCGCCUUUCACUUUGUCGCAAAAUAUCAGUUUCCCAUCCCGCUAGAAAGGGACAAACCACGGGUCCGCACGCCCGGGGACCGCGAGUGGACCGAGUGGGCGUAUUUGUUGAAGAGGCUCGCUACCAAGCGAAGGAUCCCAGCCCGUGUGCUCUACGAUAACCAAAUCAAACAGUUUGUUACGACGUUAGAGAACUCGCUUGCCCUGAAGCAAAACAACCGAGACCAGCAGCCCAGAACGCCAAAGGACGACCGGUACAUGCUGCAACUAGUCAGCGCAGCCACCCAGGUCGCCAAAAUUUUGAUGGAUUCCUUGUCUAUGGAACAGCUCGACGCUCUGUAUAGGCAAACCGAGAGCGUAAUCCUCGAAAGAAGAGCCAGACUCAGAGGGUUGGGAUUUCAGUGA